GAUAACGGAAUUUUAGAAGCAACGGGCUUUAUGUAUACUGUUGUUUAUGUGCCAGUUAAUUCAUGGGUCUAUUUAAAGCACCAAGCGGCCACUAAGAAAAAUUUGUCAUUACGCUAUGGUAUGUGAGUGAAAGGGAACAACUGAUCGCCAGCUACAUGAACUUUAAAUAUUUUCGAAACCACUCGCAGCGAUGACGGAUUUCUUAAAGCAGCUGCCUAAGCAUAUUCGGGAUAUGGCGGAGCUCAAUGUUUGCACGCCAGAGCUCAUACUGGUAACGUCCACGGAGAAGUUUCUCGACACGCGUGUAUUGGAAGAGGACAGAGCUAAAGACAAAUCCUCAUUCCAGUCGGUUCUAACAAAAACUAAUCCCCAUUAUUGCUAUAAAUUGGAAAAGUCCGUUAGUAACGAUGUAAAAUGCAAGCCGGAAGAUGUUCGUCAGCUAAAGGAUGCGGCAGCAAAAUGGUUGGCCCAGUCGCCAGUUGCGGCUGACUCUCUUCUUCAACCGCCAGCCUGUAACAAGUGGUCACAUCUGAGCUUUGGCUGUGCUAGCCUCGAUCGCUGCACUGGCGGUGGAGUUUCCACGCGUGGCAUAACAGAAAUCUGUGGAGCCGCUGGCGUGGGAAAGACACAGUUGCUUCUGCAGCUAUCGCUCUGCGCACAACUGCCCACAAACCUGGGUGGACUAGGCAGGGGCGUAGCUUACAUAUGCACCGAGGAUGUGUUUCCCUCGCGCCGUUUACUUCAGAUCUCGAAAGCUUUCGAGACUCGCUACCCCGAUCAGAAGCUACGGUAUAUGAGCAAUGUAUUCAUUGAGCAGUUAUAUGAUAGCGAGCCACUGCUCAACUGUGUCUGCAAACGACUGCCUAAACUGCUGGAGCAACAAGACAUUGGUCUGAUAAUCGUAGACUCAGUGGCCGCCAUCUUUCGGCUAUACACAGACUUCAUAGAGCGAGCACGGGACCUCCGUCGAUUUGCUCAUGCCCUUCUCGGCUAUGUGGAUAAGUAUAAGCUGGCGGUUGUUUGCUCCAAUCAAAUGACGGCCAGCUCCGCCAAUUCUGAGAAUGGAACACUGCAGGAUAUGCCAUGUCUGGGCCUGCAAUGGGCACAACUGGUUCGCACUCACCUGCGUAUUAGCAAGGGGCCCAGGCAGCACUGGAAGGCGGCCGAGAUGUUGAGCGUGCGAAAACUGGAGGUCGUUUUUUCACCGGAUACGCCCAACCAGUCCACCGAAUUUUUUAUCACCUCAGAUGGUGUAGUCGACAUGCCUGUGCCUCCUGAUUUGGAGGUGCCUAGCAAAAGAACACGACGUUAAGACAAUAUCUCUUUCCAAAUACAUUGUUGCAUAGUUUUUAAUUUCGUAAAUAGGCCACGGUACGUAAUUAAUUAUAAAAUA